GUGAUCGGUGAUCAUUUAACCGGUGAUCGGCGAUCAGUUGACCGGUGAUCUCGAAUAAUUCAAUCGACGAAUAUUUAACCAGUGAUCGAGAAUCAGUUAAUCGGCGGUUAUCGACGAUCCUCUCGUCACGUGUUGGUGAAAAGUUUUCAGUCGAGAAUCGUGUUUACAAAAUCGGUGAUAAGCGGUUUUCAAUAAAAGUAUUUUUACCACGUGUGUUGUACUGCUGGUUUUUUGACAAAUUCAUAACAUUCUAAAGCUCUAAAGCCGGGUACUUAUGUUGAAGAUUAACUGUAUUGUGGAAAAAACUUCGUGGACUUGCAGAAAAUGUGUUUAACUUUGUUUUAGUUGUUAUCGACUUUGAUUUCGAUGUGACAGUUCUUUGUAUUUUGAUACAAUCGUGGGCUGCUAUUCAAUAAUAUAGAUUGUAGGUCAUAGUUGAGAAUAAUUAAUUUCUAUAAGAAGUAGUUCCAAAAUCAGUGAAAUAACUAGUUCGUUGAUUGUUGUGAGAACAGUUUAAAUUCAAACGAUAUAAUUUUGUUGAGAGUCAACAGUUUAAAUUGAAAAGAUAUAAUUUUGUUGAGAGUCAACAGUGGGUCUAUUCCAGCUCCCCAAAAAUUACAUUUUGUUGAAAGACAACAGUGGAUCAAUUCCAAAUUUCAUCAAUAACUUGUGAAAAGUUGGCAUAUGACUGUGCUCAAGAUAUAAAAAAAUUCAAAUUGAACAUAGUAUUUAGUUUGUUGUGAUUACUGCGGUCUCAAACUGUUGGAUUCUAGCAUUCCAGUAUCUUAACUUUUUAUCAAACUGUUACAAAAAACAAUUUUUCAGAUUCUUUCAAUAACAGUUAUCACUUAGAGACAAAAGUCUAACACAAAGAGAUGUUAUACUCAUAUACUGGUAUAGAAUUAAAAUAGCAGAUUGCCACUUUCAAUCUUUAAUUAUUGUCAAAAGUUGAUACAGUUUCCAGUUUUUACGACAUUCUUAUCAAGUUUUUUCCCUGCCCCUGGUGAACUUUCAAUGCAAAUGACCGCCUUUUAUUGAUGCAGCUUCAAACUUUCAUGAAUUCUGAUGUGACUAAACUUUGAAAGUUGAUAAACCACAGGUUGGAUUUAUGUGAAAUGUGACAUUGGUGAGAGAUUAGUGAGGACUUCAUCAGAAAGAGUUUUUUCUUGAAAAAUCAAACUGGAUCGAUUCACGAAGAACGCCAUGGGCAAGAUCAAUUUGGCUUGGUGUCCACGAGGAGGGCUGGGAGGUGGCGAGGGUGGGGGAGGAGGAGUUUGCCUGACCACCCUGACUGACAGUCUGUCGUCCCUUCAUCCCUCCAACUGGGGGUGGCCCUGCUGGUCCAAGUCCCUCAAAAUGCCCGCGCUAAGGGGUCGCAAGGGGUGGUGCGGCUGUUUGCAGGAUGACGAGCCACCAGAGAUCACGUACUGCGUGGUCGACCACACAGGCACCCUGUCACUGCAGACGCUUACGCCCACCCAACCAAUGCCUGGCGAGGAGGAACUCAACGCCAAAUUCGCUGAGUUGGUCGAAGAGCUCGAUCUCACCGCCCCCAACAGGGCAGCCAUGAUGGGUCUACCAGCCGAGAAGAAAUGGCAGAUCUACUGCAGUCGAAAACGAGACCAGGAGCAGACCACGGAUCUCUCACAGCUGCCUCAGGACUACAUAGAGCGGCUCGAUGCCUUGGCUCAGCUGGUGUCAUCAGGCGAAGGCGUGGAAGACUCAGAGAUGCUGAGCCGGGGUCGAACCCUGGACUCUCUGAAAACGGCGCUUCGCACACAACCGCACAGUUUCGUGCAACACUUCGUCGAGUCACAGGGUCUGGCGUCCAUCCUCACCUGCCUCAGCACCAUGGACUAUGCCACCGCGCAGAGUCCUGUUCACACCGCGCUCAUCGGAUGCGUCAAAGCACUGAUGAACAACUCAACAGGCCGUGCCCACGUGUUGGCCCAUCCUACAGCGAUCAACACGAUUGCGACGAGCCUGUGCACGGACAACGUGAAGACUAAGGUGGCCGUGCUCGAGAUAUUGGGAGCCGUCUGUCUAGUGCCGGGCGGGCACAAGAAGGUUCUCGAUGCCAUGACCAACUAUCAGGCCUUUGCUUUCGAGCGGGCUCGCUUUCAGACGAUAAUCAACGACCUAGACCGCAGCACAGGCGUUUACAAGGAUGAGGUGAGCCUAAAGACGGCGAUCAUGUCGUUUGUGAAUGCGGUGCUCAGUUACGGUUCAGGCCAGGAAAGCCUCGAGUUCAGGCUACACCUGCGUUACGAGUUCCUCAUGCUGGGGAUACAGCACAUCAUCGACAAACUCAGGAAACAUGAUAAUCAGACUUUGGAUAGGCAUUUGGACUUCUUUGAAAUGGUCAGAAACGAAGACGAGAAAGAAGUCGCUAGGAAGUACGAACAGGUCCAAGUGGAUACGAAGAGUACUACAGCAGUGUUUGAUCUUCUAAGAAGGAAACUCAGUCAUACAGCCGCCUACCCCCACCUUCUCUCAUUACUAAAUCACUGCCUGCUUCUACCUUUGGAUUAUGGCAGUCAACCUCAGCACUGGUUGCUAUUCGAUAGAAUAGUUCAACAAAUAGUCAUGCAGUCUGAAAAUGGAUCCAAUCCUGAUGCUGCUCCUAUUGAAAUCAAUGUCAAAGAAAUUGUUCAUUUAUUAGCCAAAGAAGAAGAACUAGUGGCGGCGAGAAAGAAAGCCGAAGACCUGGAAAAAGACAACAUGCAAAUUGCAACCGAACUGUCGAAGAAAGAACAGGAACUCGAUCGUAGGGCACAAGAGAAGGAAGACAUAGAAGCGAGCCUGCUGCGAAUCAAAGAGCGACUGGAGAAAGAGACAGCCGCCCACCUGGAAGCGAGACAGAAGAUAUCUGAGCUGGAAGACAAGGCCAGCGAACUGGAGUUGAGAGCGUCCUAUGAUGAGAGUGAGAGGAAACGAUUGGAAGCACUGCUAAGCUCUGGUAGUUUGCCUGAUGAUGCUAAGGUUGUCGGCCUAUCUCGCCCGCUCGCUCCCACGGAGCCAAAACCCUCAAUUCCCCCUCCGCCAGCUCCACCCUUGGCACCAGCACCACCCCCACCCCCGGGGCCCCCCGGACCCCCACCUCCACCCAGCAUGGGUGCCCCACCAGGGGGAGUCAGGGGUCCCGCAGCCCCCCGCACCCCGGCACCGCAGAAGCCAGUACCCCAGCCUUCGAAUCCAUUGAAGUCGUUCAACUGGUCCAAACUGCCCGACACCAAAGUGAACGGCACCAUCUGGACUGAACUGGACGACACCAAACUCUACACCGCCAUGGAGUUGGAGAAUAUCGACAAGCUGUUCUGUGCUUAUCAGAAGAAUGGAGUUCCUAACGACGGCUCAAUCGAAGACCUGACCAAACUGGGCAAGAACAAAACAAAAGUGCUUUCUGUGAUAGACGGUCGCCGUGCCCAAAACUGCACCAUUCUGCUCUCCAAACUCAAAAUGUCUGAUGAGGAUAUUUCAAAAGUGAUUUUGAGCAUGGACAGCCGUGAUGAGCUUCCUCUCGACAUGGUGGAACAGCUGUUGAAGUUCACUCCUUCGGCAGAGGAAGCAGCCCUACUCGAGGAGCAUGCUGAGGAAAUCGAUAACAUGGCCAGGGCUGAUCGGUUCCUAUACGAAAUUUCAAAGAUCCCGCACUACGAGCAGAGGCUACGCAGUCUGCACUACAAGAAACGAUUCGGUGUGUGGGUGGCUGAGAUAGAACCACGUGUGCGGGCCGUCAUGGAGGCAUCACGUGAGGUUUCAAGGUCACGUAGGCUCAGGCGCUUACUGGAGAUUGUGCUCGCUCUCGGCAAUUACAUGAACAGGGGCGCCAGAGGCAACGCUACCGGGUUCCGGCUCGCUUCCCUGAACCGGCUGGUUGACACCAAAUCGAGUUCGGCGAAAGGCACCACCCUGCUGCACUAUCUGGUCGAAAUUGUCGACAAGAAGUUCAAGGAUAUCCUGAAGAUCGAGGAGGAUCUGCCCCAUGUGAGGGAGGCCUCGAAGGUCAGCCUCCAGGAGUUGGAGAAGGAUAUGGCUCAGCUCAGAAAUAAUCUCAAGGAAGUGGAGAGAGAACUAGAGUUCCACCGAGUUCAACCGGUGGCUCAGGGCGAUCGCUUCCUUCCCGUCAUGAAGGAGUUCCUAUCGUCUGCCACAUGUCGGUUCUCUGAGCUGGAGGACUUGUUCCAGGAUAUGAAGACUCGGUUUGACAGAGCUGUAAGACUGUUUGGUGAGGACAACUCGACGAUCCAGCCGGAUGACUUUUUCGCCAUUUUUGACACUUUCCUGACCGCUUUCAACGAGUGUCUCAACGACAAUGAAAGUCUCAGGCGGAGGAGAGAGGAAGAGGAGAAGAGAGCCAAGCAAGAUGCUGAGCUGAAAAAACGCACAAUGGACCGCAAAAACAGUCGCACACCGAGCGACUCGACCAACCUGUUGGUGGGCAACGGGGUGGCCAUUAAGGGCGAAAAUGGCAACGCCGUUAAGGGCGAGUUCGACGACCUGAUCUCGGCCCUGAGGACGGGCGAUGUGUUCGGCGAGGAUAUGGCCAAGAUGAAGCGAAGCAGAAAGUCAAGGCUCAACGGCAACUCACCGCCGAGGAGGAACAGUGCUAGUAGGGAGGAAAGCCGCGAGAGAGUGCUCAGGAGGCAGUAGGGUGACGUCACAGCUAUGACGUCACUCCAUGCAUAAAGAGGCUUUUACGGUAGUCAAGUUUCCUUGAAUUCAAGAACAGAAACUUGUAUCGAUUAUAGACUUCGAGACUUGAAGACUUCAGGAAGAAAAACUUGAAGACUUGUAGACUUCGAGACUUGAAGACUUCAGGAAAAAAAACUUGAAUCCAAUAUACCAAUGCAGAUUUUAAGAAAAGGAAUUUGAAUGAGACCCUUCAU